GUAUUCCCAUGACGUUACCUCGUUAAUCCUCCAGAUUUUAGGUUCUAGCAGAAUGGUACGUUCGAGUUUGACACGAUAUUUUAUUAGCUAAAGCCGCACCAAUAAUGUGAAGAAAAGAACAAGAAGAAAAGUACUGCAAAUUAGAGCAGAAAAUCCUGUGUAAGCAAUUUCCAUUCGCGCUGUCAUCUCUUCCUCGAUCGAAGGUUUGCUGUGAAUUUGUAGAUUGCGGUUUUGAUGUUGUGGACAAUUUUGUGGCUACAUACGGUUGCUUCGUCCAUCUGUACUUGGCUUAAUUAACCCAAUCAUCUGCUAGGUCUAGAUCAAGAUGAGCCCAUGUCUACUUCGAUCAGUUUAGCCUAGUCAGUGUAGAACUGUUUGGCUUCCGAGUUCAGAUAUUUAGCUAGCAUAGCCAAGUGAAUUUUGUUCCUCCAGUGGGUCAUCAAGGUGUGCAUGUGUCCUGGGAGAGAGAGAAGAAAAUCCAGUCUGCAGGAUGGAUGCAAUGGCACCUGAAGAAUAUGCCUCGCAAUCCAAGCUACUGCAAGAAUUCACCAACGUCCCAAGCAUCGACAGUGCUUCCAUCCUCAAAACCAACGAUGAGGACAGAUCCAGAGCGAUGUUCUCCAUUAGCCAGCCAGACUUACUGGCGAACACCAACAGGAAAUACGUUUUGUAUUCUCAUAUUACGACGAGAGCCGGCACCGGCACCACCUCUCCGGAUUUCCAGUGGUCUCCUUUCCCCACUGAAACAACCGGAGUGUCCGCCACCGUUCCGUCCCCUUCCGGGUCGAAGCUCCUCGUAGUGCGAAACGGGGAGAGAGGAUGCCCCACCAAGCUCGAAAUCGUUUGUCAGUCACAUGUGGAGAAGGAGAUACACGUAGCAGGUUCUGUGCACGGUCCUCUCUACACGGAUGAAUGGUUUCAUGGUGUUUCUUGGAAUCAAGAAGAGACCUUGGUAGCAUACGUCGCUGAAGCUCCAGCCACACCAAGACCAGCUUUCAAUCGUUCCGGAUACACGAGGGAAGAAGGUUGUUCCGAGGGAGACUGCAGUGCCUGGAAAGGGCAGGGCGUGUGGGAGGAGGACUGGGGUGAAACGUACUCCAAGAAAGGAAGACCCUCACUGUUUGUUCUUGACAUUCCCAGAGGAGAAGUGGUAGCGGCUAAAGGUGUCCCAACAUCGUUGAGCGUUGGGCAGGUUGUUUGGGCUCCGGAAUCACCAGGUGGCAGGCACAAGUAUCUGGUUUUCGUUGGAUGGUCAGAGCGCAACGGGUUCUUCCAGAACACUGCUAGAAAACUCGGCAUCAAGUACUGCUCCAACAGGCCAUGUGCUCUCUAUGCAGCCCCUUGCCCUAUCCAAGGACCAGAGCCGCCUGGCAAUCCACCGGCUACGACCAGUGAUGGUAAAUCAGGCUCCGGCGGUGCGGUGGCGCGCAACCUAACCCCAGGCUUCAGCAGUGCAUUGUUUCCACGGUUCAGCCGGGAUGGAAGGCUUCUGGUCUUCCUGUCUUCAAAACAAGCCGUGGACAGCGGUGCACACAACGCAACGGAUUCCCUGCAUGUGAUCAACUGGCCUUCGGACUGGAAAAUGGAUGAACAACUCGAUGUUACUCAAGUGGUACCUGUUGUAAUGUGCCCUGAAGACGACGACGGCGGCUGUUUUCCAGGCCUCUACUGUUCAUCCGUGCUACCCGAUCCUUGGCUCUCCGACGGACGUACAGUGAUAUUGACAUCUUCCUGGAGAAGUGCCGAAGUGAUACUAUCGGUUGAUGUGUUAAGUGGCAAAGUGGCAAGAAUAACUCCGGAAGACUCGUGCUACUCGUGGCGUGCUCUUGCGUUAGAUGGCACCAAUGUUCUUGCUGUGUCAAGUAGUCCCAUCGACCCUCCUUCCAUCAGCUAUGGACGACGUCUCGCCGUGACACCAGCUGAGGGUGAAGCACGUAGAUGGACCUGGGAUGAAGUUACUAGUCCAUUCAUGGCAUCCAACAGCAAGGUUAAGUCCUUGUUGCUGCAUCACAGCGUCAGCAUACUUAAAAUCCCUGUCCCUAGCCCAUCUGCUGACCUCUCUGACGGUGGCAAGCUUCCACUCGAGGCCAUAUUCGUGUCCUGCAGCUGCAAGGGUAGCUCGCGCAGUCCAACUGUUGUGGUCCUUCACGGCGGCCCACACUCGGUGUCCGUAUCAAGCUACUCAAAAUCCUCGGCGUUCCUUGCUUCGCUUGGAUUCAACCUGCUUGUUGUAAACUACCGAGGCACGCCAGGUUAUGGAGAGGAAGCCUUGCAGUCGCUCCCUGGAAAAGUUGGAUCCCAGGAUGUUGAGGACUGCCUUGCAGCGCUAGACUUCGCCGUCGAGGAAGAGCUGGUAGAUGCGUCUAGAGUAGCUGUUGUCGGGAUCUCGCAUGGUGGGUUCCUGACAACACAUCUCAUCGGUCAGGCUCCGGACAGGUUCGCCGUGGCAGCUGCUCGGAACCCUGUCUGCAACCUGUCGCUGAUGGCCGGCACCACCGACAUCCCGGACUGGUGUUACGUAGUGGCCUGCGGAACCCAAGCGAAGCGAUACGCCUCUGAAGCGCCUUCGCCCGGCCAUCUUCGUCUCUUCUACCAGAGAUCGCCGAUCGCCCAUGUCUCUAAAGUCAAAGCGCCCCUUCUUAUGCUUCUUGGCGGAGCUGACCUUCGAGUGCCUGCUUCUAAUGGCCUACAGUACGCAAGGAGCCUGAUAGAAAGAGGAGGCGAUGUCAAAAUCAUGAUGUUCCCAGAGGACAUACACGAAAUCAAUUUACCGCGGUCCGAUUUCGAAAGCUUCCUCAACAUUGGGGUAUGGUUCAAGAAACAUCUGAAUGCAGUGGCAUGAAGCAGAUCCGGCUUGGUGGUUCAUCUAGGCGACCAUGUACAGCAUUGCUACUUUAAGUUUGUCAAGAAUUCAAACUUUUUUGUGAAAAAAUAAAUGCUCAUUCAUACUGGUUUCAUACGACGUUCUAGUGAGUGUUCCAAAGACAUCGCCUAGCCGUCCAGUCAUAUCUAGCUGACUAGCUUGUCUUGGAGAACAAUGGCGCCUUGUAGCCUAACCUGACAUGUACAAUGAUGUUUAAUAUAGGGUCUCUUAAGUUGUUUAAAAUGGACAUUCCGUGAAGAGACGUCUCUGACUCGCAACCCAAGUAACAACAGAUGUCUCACUUUUCGCUGUACGAAUUCGUCGUCUGAUCUAUUGAUCCGAUGUUGUACAUGUACAUUUACUUUUGUAUUUAUUAAUAGACUACGAUUAUAGACA